GCUUUAGAUAACUCUUUUAGGUUCAAUAAUUCAACUUUUAAGGUACCUCUUUCUUCAAAAUUCUGAUUCAAAACUGAAGGAUGGAAGAGUUAAAAAUCAAUGAGACAUCAUUGAAAAACAAAUUCAGUUACUGCCAGUUCAACUGCAGUUUCAACGAGAGUCAACCCAACUAUAACAAUUAUUUAAAGUUCGUAGACUGGAUGAAUUGGAUUUCCAUUGGCAUUGGACUUCCGUUGACUCUAAUAGUGAUAAUUGCAGUUUUUUCACAGGUGAAAAGGGAUCAAGGUGCUCCAGUCUACAUCAUCAACCUUCUCUUUGCUGAUCUCAUUCAGCUCUGCAGCAGAAUUCCAAUGAAUUUACUUAGCGAUGAUAUCUUAAUAGUCUUAAUUGUCAUCUGGUAUUUUAGUUUAUUAGCGAGUGUUGGAUUCAUGGUUUGCAUCUCAUUUGAAAGGUAUUUGGUCAUCGCCAUGCCAUUGUGGUACAGAUUCAGAAGAAACAUUAAGACAUCUGUAGUGGUCUGCGUCAUGGUCUGGAUUCUUUCUCUUCUUCUUUUACUAUUUGUCUUUAUGUCACCUGUGAUGGGUAUAUACAUUCUUCCAGCUUUUCUCCUUCUGCCCUUUCCCUUGUUCAUCUUCUUCUUGGUUGGGACUUUUAAAACCCUGUCUGGAGCACUCAGUGUCCCAGCAGAUGAAAAACGAAGAAUCAUAGCCAUUCAAGUUGUAGUGCUGCUUAUUUAUGCUCUGCUUUACCUGCCCAUCAUCGCUCUGCUGUUCUCAUUUGACCUGAUCAAUAAAGGGCUUCAUGUUGUGGCACCAGUUUGUAUGUUUCUUAGUCCCCUUGCAGACACAACUUUGUAUUUGUUCAUUAGGAAAAGCGUCCUGGACAAGUUUCUGGUCUCACUUUGUUCUUGUAAAUUAUGUAACAAUCAGGAGAUUGUUCCAAAUAUUAAAACUGUUUAG